AUGAAUUCAACAGAUAUUCCCUCUUAUAGGGACUUGAUCAAUUUUGUUACGGAACGAUCUAGAGUGUUAGAUAUGAUGGCUCAAGAAGGCCAAUCAGGAAAGUCCAAUACAUUAGGGAAAUCAUGCUUUAAAAAAUACACUAAACAAAAUAGCUGUUUAAAGAAAGAACAAAUACCUUCGAGUAUCUUUAGCAUUGCACCUUUAAAUUUCGGAGGGUCAAACGAAACUGACGCCGCUGAUGAUGAAGCAAAUCGCAAUCCCCAAUCAGACCAAAUGAAGUCUGAGUCAGUUGGUUUUGGGAAACGGUUAUUGACUUUGACCAAAGUAGAAAUGUUCCAAAAGAUCAACAGCCAGGUCUACCAGAAAUUAACUUGCUGGAAUUGUGCUGGACGUCAUGUAUAUACUAGAUGCUCGCUGCUUCGUAAGUUGUUCUGCUGUUGCGGCAUCCCAGGAGUUUUUAUUCACUUCUGCCCUAAAUGUACUUCGGAAAAUGGGCAAGGGAAUCGGACAACAGGUAAUCCCUUUGCCGAAACAGCUUUACAUGGUCUUCCUAUUAGGGAAAGAUUGCAAAAGUGA